AUGGACGAGGAAUCCCGACAGCUGCUCACAAUCAACACGCAUCGCGGCCUCUAUCGCCUCAAUCGGUUACCCUUCGGAAUAAAAGCGGCUCCGGCAAUUUUUCAACAGCAGUUGGACACCUUGACGGCAGGAUUGGAGGGUACUGCCGCGUACCUCGACGAUAUCAUUGUCACGAAAACGAUAGAGGAGCACAACUCUCCCCUAGAGGCAGUUUUCAGGCGAAUUCAGGACUUUGGACCCCGCCUCCGCUUAGAAAAGUGCUCCCUUUUGCACACCGAAAUUCGCUAUCUUGGAUUCGUAAUCAAUGCCGAAGGACGACGACCGGACCCUACCAAAAUCGAAGCAAUCCAGAUGCCGAUACCUAAAGACGUCAGCCAAUUGAGAGCCUUCCUCGGAUUGAUCAACUUCUACGGAACAUUUGUUCGUGAACUGCACAAUCUACGCGCUCCACUAGACGCACUCACCAAGAAGCUCGUCGCCUUCAAAUAG